AGUCUGGAGAUCGGCAAGUCGCGCUGACCUGUCGGUCUGCCUUCUUUGCCUGCCAGUACAUUUGGAGAUAUUGAGAGCGGGAGGGCGGAAGAGGAAGCAGACCAGCCCCCCGCUCGCGUACCAGCCGCGCGGCCACUGAGGUGGCAGGGUCGCAUGCAGGUGAUGUACUGGCCAGAUCUCGGGUUGGGUGGUGGGUGAUGCAUUCAUGCAUUAUCUCGAGGUAACCUGGCCAAGCUGGGCCGGUCGAUAUUGUUUACGUUUGAUAUACCGGCCGAGCGAGCGGGAGGCAGCCAGGCAACGUCGGCUGGAUCCAGCGAGAAAAAAACACGCCACAGCGCGCUACACUCUUUACAGCCUGCCCAUGUCUUGGUUCGAUGACGGCAAAUGGCACUCUUGUGGGAGCAGUAUUUUACCGUGCCCGUCCAUCGGUUUCUGGAGAAGGUCACUCACCCUCUUUGUGUCGCUUGUCGAACCUCACCGUGGCUUCAGAUCCGACGGCCGUCGGCAGUCCAGUGAGUGAGGGCAUUCGGUUACAAGGCAAAGGUGAUAUAAAAAAAGAAUAAAAAGAGAAAAAAGCCAAGAAGGGAUAAAGGAAGAGUAAGGGUGGGAAAAGAACAGAGACAAGAAGCGGCAACCGGAAACUUCCCCAUCUUCCCCAUUCCAAGCCCUAUCCAGAUCCUCCCGAAUCAAGCCUUUUCCCCUAUUCCCACCCAAUAAACUCCCCCAACACCCACCCACAUACCUCGAGGCCACCCCCACCCGCAGUCCCAAGCUAUGUCGGUCCGGAACGCGACCGAGCGCGACAUCCCCGACCUGAGGAGCAUCCUCCUCACCGGGCUCCUGUCGGACCACGUGUGGAAGUACUGCUUCCCGCUCGGCCAGGGCGGCGCCGUGCAGCUCGUCGACGACGCCCUCCGGCUCUGGCUCGACGGCAAGGCCGACGAUAAAAACCAGUGGCUCGUCACCGUCUCGGACGACCUGGAAACGGAGAAGCCCGUCUCCAUGGCUGUCUGGAGCCUGCCCGGGUCCCUCGAGGACACCGAGAGCGGGGACGGGGGAGACUUUGUCGCCUUCCAAAGCAGCCUCAGCCACGCCGCCGACACGGCCCGCCUGACGACGGCAGACGAGACUGCGGCCAACACGCCAACCCCGACCAAGCACGAGGUCUCGUCGGCGGCGCGCCUGGCCGCCGUGGCCGAGGCGGUGCAGGUCACGACGCGGGGCGGGUCGGGCCCGCUCCUGUCGCGGUACGGCCCGCAGGUGGUGCUGGUGCUGACGGCGACGCACCCGUCGCAUCGGUUCCGGGGCCACGCGCGGCGGCUGGCGGCGCACGGCCUGGCGCUGGCGUCGCGCCGCCGCGCCGCCGUCAGCGCCCUGGCCGGCCCCAUGGGGUACAUCUUCCUCUCGGGCCUGCGCUUCUCCGACUGCGGCCUCGCCACCGUCGCCGUCCCCGGCGAGCGCGACGAGCUCGACCUCAAGGUCAUGGUCCAGCCCGCCCCGCCCGGCCGCAGGAGCCUGUCGCGGCAGCUGAUGGGACUGUUCGGCGCCGGAGCCGGCGAGAGCGGGAGCGAGAGGGGUAGCCCUGCGCCGCCUGUUGGUGAGAGGAGGCCAUCGGCGUGGGAGGAGAGGAAGCGGAGCGGCGUCAACGCGAGGAAGAUGUCGGCGGUUUGAGGGGAUGGGGUCGUGCUCCCAGUGAGGGUUGGACGGGAGUUUUGGCGUUGGGUGCUGAGUUUUUUCGAGGCUAGAUGACCUGGGUUGUGAUGCUUGUUGAUGUCAACUUUACUUGGGUUCUCUAUUAAAAGAGCUGCUGAGACCUUAAGAGAUUCCAUAACUCUUUCAUACCAAUAGAGCCUACUUGUCACAACGGGCAACACAUAGCUCUUCAAAUCUAUGUCUAGUCCAUCCGUGAUUGGUUGUGACAGCCCAGACAGCGACCAACGGCAAAGGGUCCCAGAAU